UGUGUUCCAAGACAAUGACGGAUCAUGAUUGUGCCUAAUUCCAAAUAGUGUGCUUGAUGUGAAUGGGCAACUGAUUAUAGGAGGAGACCACACAGCACAGAGCUAGCCAGACAUGUUGGUGGAUAGGGCUGAAGCUUGCUUUUGUCCCGAUAGCUACACACACUUCACCUGUACCUGCCAUUCCGCCCAGUUGAUCACAACACUACUGUUCCAGACGUCUCCAUUGUUCCGUUCGUCUAUAAUCCCCUGCCAUGUACAACUCCCAUGCCAUGUAUUUCGCCGAUGUUUUGUUGGCAAUUAUAUUUUGCUUCUUUGCCUUUGGCCAUGCAUGUCUUGCAGGGGUGAAGCCAGGAAGAAAGAUCAUCAUUGUCAACACGUACAAGUAGCACUGGUGCAUCCAUCCAAGAACGAAGUAGUACUAAUAUAUCGGACGUUUUGCCUCCCGAGCUCAGAUGCUUUUGCCCAUAAACAGUUCUAAAAAAAACAGUAAAAUCGGUAAAAAUAGCAGAAAAAAAUCGAAAACUGGUUUUUUUUUUUGGCGUGCAAGAUACUUAUGUGUGUGAUGUCCGUGCAAAAUUGAUGAGGUUUGGAUAUUCGAGAAGCUCGUGGCAAAAAGAAUUAUGAGUGUUGGAGAAACAUUUUUGAAAAGCAUUGUUUAGAGCCGAUUUUGUCUUUUUUUGCACGAGCUCCUUGAAUGUCCGGACAUCCCAAAAAUUUGCACUGGCAUCACGCACCUGAGCAUUUUGCAUGACAAGAAAAUCAGUUUUUGUUUUGCUAUUUUUGUGUGAUUUUACUGCUCGCCGGGUGUAGAUGAGACCGGGCAUUGUUUUGAAUUAUCUUAAUAUACCGCUCAAAAUAAAUAACUCAUACUAAUUAACGUGUGUAUAUUUAUUUUUGUAAACUCACAUAAAUGAGAUUCGUAUUGGAUCAAUUAGGUGGAUAGAUCGACUUUAGUGUCACUUGCAGAUCGGAACUACAGAUGGAAUCAUCAAUUUAUGAAUAGACGGAAUCAUCAAUUUCCGCGUAGGAGAAGACUUGCAAUUGGAGGCCGCUGUCAUGCGAAUAGACGGAGCGACAGGGCCAAGUACGUUUCGGGGAGGAAGAUAAGCGAGCGUAAGUUUUUUUAUUAGAAGAUAAGCGAGCGUUAGUUUGAGCGAUCAUCCGGGUUGUAGGCCGUAGCAUUGGUACAUUUUGCUGGAAUUUUGUCUAUUUUGGGCCAGCUCAAUAGUAUUUUUAGAAAUUCUUAAUAAAUCCUAGAUGCCCACGCAGUCCAUUCGUGCAAGGCAAUAUGUGAAACUAAAUUUUAGUCCCACAUUGCUAGCUUGGUGGGAGUUGGACCUCCUUAUAAGGAAAAGUUGUUUUCCCCAUAUAUGAUCAUGAAAAUAAAAGGGACAUUCAUGUGCGCUCCUCCUCCGCCGCACGCCUCACCGUGGGUUGAAGGUUUCACCUUUUGUCGCCGCCCUCUCGCCUGCUCAUAUUUUCAACAAUCCAAAAACCUUAUUAUAGUCAAAUUUACCCCGAGUGCUUUUUGAGGGUAUCCACUAUAAGAGGUCGCGCUUGAGAGCAGUCUUACACCGGCCCCAAGACCAGUGCUUCUGCCGCUGCUCCUAUGUCUUCGUGUUCUCUCUGUUUAAGAUCUUGCCUCGGUUUCUUGCUCUAGCCUUUCUUGUUUCACUCUAUGUUCUACAUAUGUUCUGUUCUAGUUCAUAUGUUCAGAUGCUAUUUGCCUUCACUCUGCUAAAUUACAUGACAUGUUUCAUCUGUACUACACAAGUCAUGUUUUAUCUAGUAUUUCUGUUAGCAAAAGCGUAUGGUAAAUUGCUCAUAUUUCCAACAAUCCAAAAACCUUAUUAUAGGCAAUUUACCCCGAGUGAAUUUGCUGCUUCCAUGAGACCUCCUAUGUUUGAGGGUAUCCAUUAUAAGAGGUGGCGCUUGAUAGCAGUCUUAUGGUUUCAAACCAUGAGUUGCUAUGACGCCACUCUUGGCAAAUCUGAAGGAGAUUAUGAUGCUCAGCAGGAACAAGCUUUUCAAAAAAUGGAUACCCUGUUUAAGGCUUUUCUCUUGAGUGUUCUUGUUGAGAACAUAGUUGAUGCUUAUGCGUCAAUUGAUAAUGGAAAAAACAUGUGGGAUGCACUCGAGGCCAGGUUUGGGGUCUCGGAUGCCGGCACUGAGCUGUACAUCAUGGAACAAUUCUAUGACUACAUGAUGACUAAAGAGCGCUCCGUGGUUGAGCAAGCUCACGAGAUACAGUCAUUUGCUAGAGAACUUGAGCACUUCAAUUGUAUGCUACCGGACAAGUUUGUUGCUGGAGGCAUCAUCAUUAAGUUUACUCCUUCGUGGAGGAACUUUGCUACCUUACUGAAGCAUAAGAGGCAGGAGUUUUUCGUUCUGGAUCUCAUUGGUACUCUUGACGUGGAAGAAAAGGCGAGAGCAAAAGACACACGUGCUCGAGGUAUUGAGGGAGGAUCUAGUGCCAAUCUGGUACAGAAGAAAAACUUUCAGUUCCACAAGUUCAGGAACAAGGGCAAGUUUGAUGGUAAAGCAAAGUUUGAUGGGAAGAACAAGGUUGUACAACACACCAACUUUAAGAAGAAGAAAGGUGUUUGUCAUGUGUGCGGAGAUCCUGAUCAUUAGGCUCCUAGUUGCCCUAAUUGUUAUGACAAGGAUCAUCUUGGGAAAGGCGGAAAUACCGCUAAUGUGUUCAUUGGUGACAUUGACACGAAAGAUGUUGGACCGCAGGGACUUCAACCGUGCUGAUGGGCAACGGUUCAAGUGCUUCUGUUCGUGCUGUUGGCACGGUCGAUCUAAAGAUUACUUCGGGGAAGAUCGUGCUGCUGAAGAACGUGCAUUAUGUCCCCUCCGUCAAUAAAAAUCUUGUUAGCGGAUCUCUUAUGUGUAGAGAUGGCUACAAGCUUGUCUUUGAGUCGAAUGAAUUUGUAAUAUCCAAGUAUGGAACCUUUGUUGGUAAAGGAUAUGAGUCAGGAGGCAUGUUUCGUUUAUCCUUGUCAGAUGUUUGCAAUAAAGUUGUUAAUCAUGUUUGCAACAAUA